AUGGACGCUUUCAAGCAGGCCGAGAUUGAGCGCAUGCGCCUCGGCGGCAACCAGGGCUGGCGCGAUUUCUUCGAGAACCACGAGGACACCAAGAUGAUGGGACUUUCCUGGGACGACGCCACUAUCGCUGAGCGGUACAGCGGCCAGGUUGGCGAGGAGUGGAAAGAGCGUCUAAGCGCCAAGGUUGAAGGGCGGGAAUAUGUGCCUGGGGAGAAGAAGAGUGCUCCCACACAAAAGCCAGCCCAGCCAAAGCAGGCCAGCAGGACUGGUACGCCUCUGCAGGGUGUGGCAACAAGCGGGAGCCGAACUGCUAGUCCCAGCCGUCCUGGUGUCAAGGCCAAGGUUGACGACAAGUACUUUGCAAAAUUGGGCGCCGACAAUGCCUCGCGAUCGGAGGCCCUGCCCCCAAGUCAAGGUGGCAAGUACUCUGGCUUUGGAAAUUCGCCCAUGCCGUCGCAAAACCAGGGCGCCGGCCAGGCUUUGCCAAAUUUUCAAGACUUGCAAACCGAUCCAGUGGCUGCCCUGAGCAAGGGUUUCGGCUGGUUCACCAAGACAGUUUCACAGACGGCCAAGACGGUCAACAGUGAUUAUAUUCAGCCUACUGCCAAACAGAUUUCAGAGUCGGAAUUUGCAGCGCAGGCAAGAGUGGCAGCUGGCAAUGUAGGAAGGGCGGCGCAACAAGGUGCUAAAAACGCCCAGGAGGGUCUGAACCGCUUUGUCGACGGGCCUGAUGGUCAAAGAGCGCAAGGAGGCACUGCAGGCAUGGAUGAAAGUAAGAGAGCAUUCUGGGACGAUUUCUCGUCUGUCGCAGACCAAAGACAUGGUUCUGGUCCUCAGUACAGUUCCAUUGGCACGUCUGCUAUGGGCAAGGCAAACAAGGGAGCUGGCAAGAAGGAUGAAGAGUGGGAUGAUUGGUGA